CGCUCUCCUCCCUGUGACGUCGCUCGGACUGGUCCCGGGCUGCGCUGCUCUCUCUCUGGUCCCGUCUCGGCACAAACCCACUGGAGUUGUUGCCUCCACCAUCCUCCUCCCAGGCUGCGGUGCGCUGCGGGAACCCGGUGUCCUUCUGCUCCACGCUGCCUGCCUUGUCCCACAUACAUCAGCCAAGUGUGUGUGUGUGUUUGUUUUACCUGCACUCUCUGCCUGAGGAGACGGGAGAGAACCCGAGGCGCUGAGUGAGAAGAAGGAGAGGGUGGAGAAGGAGAAAGAGAGAGAGAGAGAGAAAGAAAGAGGAGAAGAAGAGAAGAGGUCGCCGUGCAGUCCCUCUCCUGGCCCCUGGCGCAAUCUCCGCCGAGAAGAUGCUGAGAAUAGCCGGUGUGUUGGCUGUAGUGGCUCUGGGGUUGAGCGCCGCUCACACCAAAGUGAAUAAACACAAGCCGUGGAUUGAGACAUCGUACCACGGAGUGAUCACUGAGAACACUGACAUCGUUCUGCUGGAUCCUCCUCUGGUGGCCCUGGACAAAGACGCUCCCAUCCCCUAUGCAGGGGAGAUCUGUGCGUUCAACAUCCAUGGGCUGGAGGCUCCGUUCAAAGCGGUGGUGCUGAACGGUACGUCAGGCGAGGGCCAGCUGAGGGCCCACGGCCUGGUGGACUGCGAGCUGCAGAAGGAAUACACCUUCAUCAUACAGGCUCACGACUGUGGCUCCGGGCCCAAGGGAACGGAGGGCAAGAAGUCCCACAAAGCGGUGGUGCACAUCCAGGUCAACGACGUGAAUGAGUUCGCUCCUGUGUUUCGGGAGCCCCAGUACCACGCCGCAGUGACAGAGGGCAAGAUUUAUGACAGCAUCCUGCAGGUGGAGGCCACUGACCAGGACUGCUCUCCACAGUACAGCCAGAUAUGUAACUACCAGAUCACCACAAGCGUCACGCCCUUCGCAAUAGAUCGCAAUGGCAACAUCCGCAACACCGAGAAGCUGAGCUAUGACCGUCAGCAGCAGUACGAGAUCCAGGUAACAGCGUGGGACUGCGGCCAGAAGAGGGCGCUGCACAGCGUUCCCGUCCGCAUCGAUGUCAAGCCUGUCUGCAAACCCGGCUGGCAAGGUCUGAAUAAACGAGUGGACUAUGAGCCCGGAACAGGGAGUAAACAGCUGUUUCCUAAGAUGCACCUGGAGACCUGUGGUGAGCCGCUGUCGUCGGUGAGGACCACGGUGGAGCUGCAGACCAGUCACAUCGGGAAGGGCUGCGACCGGGAAACCUACUCUGAGAAGUCUCUACAGAAGCUCUGUGGGUCCUCCUCGGGCAGCACUGACCUCCUCCCUGCCCCGAGUGCUGCCACCAACUGGACGGCGUCCCUGGUGACUGACAGUGGGAGGGACAGCGACUUGAUCUUCAGAUUUGAUGGUCAUCAGGCAGCAAAUAUCCCAGACUGGGUGGUACCUCAGAAUCUGACCGACCAGUUCACUGUAGCGACGUGGAUGAAGCAUGGGCCCAGUCCUGGACUCAGAGCUGAGAAGGAGACACUACUCUGUAACUCGGACAAGACUGAGAUGAACAGACAUCACUACUCACUGUAUGUCCACAACUGCCGCCUGGUGUUUCUGCUGAGGAGAGACUUCACUCAGGUGGACACGUUCAGACCGGCUGAGUUCCACUGGAAGCUGGAGCAGAUCUGUGACAAGGAGUGGCAUUACUACGUCAUCAAUGUGGAGUUCCCAGUGGUGACGCUCUAUGUGGACGGAGUGACCUACGACCCCUACCUGGUGACGGACGACUGGCCCAUCCACCCCACACAGAUUGAUGUGCAGCUGACAGUUGGGGCCUGCUGGCAAGGUGGGGAGGUGACCAAGCCACGGUUCACUCAGUAUUUCCGGGGCAGCCUAUCCGGACUGACCAUCCGACCAGGGAAGAUCGAGAGUCAGAAAGUCAUUUCCUGUCUGCAGGCCUGCAAAGAGGGACUGGACAUCAAUUCCCUUGAGAGUCUGGAUAAGAGCAUAAAGUUCCACUUUAACCCAGCCCAGUCUAUACUGGUGAUGGAGGGAGAGGACUUGGAGAACAUGAACACUGCUGUCAGGAAGGUUUCCUACAUUAACUCUCGCCAGUUUCCCACUCCAGGCAUCCGACGUCUGCGCAUCUCCACCACCGUCCAGUGUUUUGGUGAAGACACAUGUAUCACCAUCCCUGACAUCGAGGCGGUGGUGAUGGUGCUCCAGCCCAGCGAGCCCAGGAUCACCAUCACUGGAGUGGAGAGACUGAGCUGGCCAGUUUCUGACCUCAGAGCACAAGGUGGCGUAUCACUUUUCCAGGAUCUCCACAUCAUCAGCACAGUGACCAGGGCAGAUGCCGCUGAACAUCACACAGCACGUGGACCGGGGUUGCUGGAGGAGAUCAUUCAUAACUUGGACUAUUGUGACAUCCUGGUGCUGGGGGAGGAGCUGAGGCCAGAGCAGGAGUCUCUACAACUACAGCGAAGUGCUCUGCUUGGAAAACACCUUGACGCCACAAACUCCACAUCUGGCAUGUCCAUAUACGGCGUAGACUCCAUGUCCAACUAUGAGCAGGUGAUCAGACAGGUGCGAUACUAUACCUGGCAGCCUGCAUCACUAACAGAAAGAAGAUUUCGCCUCACCUGCUCGGAGCUCAACGGACGCUACACCAGCAAUGAGUUCAACCUGGAGGUGAGCGUACUGCACAGCUCAGAGGCCGGGAAGCAUGUCAAUCACAUGGUAGCCCCGCCUCAGUACAUGCAGUUGGUCCAUCAUCCAUCCAUGAUUCACAGCCUGUACCCCAGCCACAACUCAGGCGUACCGAGCGCUGCCACAGUGGUGAUAGUGAUGUGUAUCGCUGCCCUGGUGGUGGUUGUGGUGCUGGGCAUCUAUCGCAUUCACCUGAACCACCAGCAGGAGGUCAGGCUGGAGGACACGGCCAGGGAGGCGGAUAUGACCUGGAACGAUUCAGCUCUGACGAUCACCAUCAACCCAAUGGAGAAGCACGAGCAGCCCCAGGCUGCUGAGGAGGAGGCCAGUGAGGAGGAAGAGGAAGAUGAUGAGGAGGAAGAUGGUGAGGAAGGAGAGGACGAAGACGACAUCACCAGCGCAGAGUCAGACGACAGCGAGGAGGAAUCGGACGUCCAGCUACCCAGGAUGCAACGCUUGAGCAAGAAGGGCCAAAACUGGGACAAUACAACAAUAUCUUAUUAAAACACACUCACAGUCCCUCACACACACAUCCUGCAACACAGCCAUACACAAAUCUCGAAUCUGAUGGUUGAGACAAAAAGACUUUAUGUGAUGUUGAUCUAAAAAUGAGGUAAUAUGUGCUACUACUGGAAGACACUACACUUAAACACACAAACUCACACACACACACACACAUACACACACACAGUGCAAUGAUUUUACCAUCUCCUUGUCAGAAAACUCCCAUUGUCUACAGCUGAUAAGAAAUGAUAUGACACUAAAACUGACUCUCCUUCUUCUUAAAGGGACAAUUUGUAAAAUUUAGGUGACAUCUUUCCUCUCUCAUUAUCGUCUCCACAAUUACAGUAUUAAGGGAAAUAAAGUUGUCUGAUUCCUAUUCUGUCGAUUAAAGCCCCUGCACCGCACAUUCAGUUUGACGCGUCCGACUCCGUGAGAUUCCUGAUGUCCCGCAAAAAGAUACAAAACAGUCUUUAUUUAAGAAAACUAUUUUUUGGUUUGUAUACUUCAUUUUAUUUACCAGUCUUUAUUCCAGCCUACGUGGCAAAGCCAGGUGAUUUUACAGAAAUAGCAUAUUUUCAAUGGUACUCAAAAACAAAACAAAAGAGAAAAAAAGAGAAUCUGUAGUCCUGAUGCAGACGUCAUGUUGAACUAGCUGAGGGGUCUGAGUUCUGGGUUUCUGGGAGAGACAGAGGAGUCUCCUUGUACAUUUUUAUACGCUCCUUUCUUGUAAAUACUGAGUAAAGUAGGUGACCCUCCCACCCCACGUUCUCCAGCCGGAGAGCCUUCUCCUGCUGUACACAACACACACGCCACCAUCUUCAUAUAUGUAAAUGUACACCCCCCCCCACACACACACGACCCCUCAGUCUUCUGUGUGUGUGUGUGUGCUCAGUGUUCAAAUCAUUCCAGAUGGGUUUGUUAGGAAGGACAUGUCACCACCUCUGCAUGUAGGCUACAUGCUACAGGGGGACGGAGUCCUCUCACUAUGUGUUAGCAGAGCUUAAGAUUAGCUCAAAUGAAAAGUCACUCUCAGGUGUGUCUCAGCACUCAGUGAGGGAAACCUGUCCUGUUUCAAUUAAUCCCACAGUCUCCCCCAUGGUCGUUGUUAAUGCUGCAUUGCAAAGAUGGUGGAACAUGCACUGAUCAGAUAUUGUUGGAAGUCUACUGCAACAAUACUGAUAUUUAAAUUUUUAAAAAAAAGUACAUUCAAGAUAAUAUUUUUUUUUCAUUUGAUCUGUUCAUUUAAGGGUCUUUUAAAUUUGGUUGAUAAGAAAUUGUGACCAAGCAACGAGCAGCUCAUCUAACAACAGUUGCACGAGUACAUGUUAAACAGUUUACUGGAAAGCAACUACAGAGUAAAUAUUAAAUAUCAAAUAUUUAAUUAAAAGUUUUAUUUAUUGAAUAGAACUAUGAACAUUUUGUGAAGUAAGAGUGUAUGAGAAACAGCCUGAUGCACUAAAGCUACAUUAAUAAAUAAGUUUUAUAUUAAUAUAGAUAUGACCUAAUGUUAUGUAAACCCGUGGGGAACUGUCUACACAGUUCCUCUCAACACUACAAAAUAGUUUAGCUUGUAAAGUUAUUGUUUUGGUUCCCACGACACGUUCAGCACCAAACAGCUACUAGCUCGUGAACAUAGUGGAGCACUUAGCAGCUAAAGAGAUGUUGGUGGAGACUGGAAACCUCCUGUGCGGUGAAAAAGUUCAAGAAAAGUUUGCUCUCCUGAGUUUUUCCAAGUUGAAUCACCAGAAUGCGCAAAGAGUGCGUUUACAUCUCACCUGCAGGAGGCCGACAACUUUCCCAAACUUCUAACUCUGAGUGAAGUGCAGCAUUAAACAAAGAAAUUUGGGUCCUGGGGAAUGAAGUCACAUUACAUAAAUCCCACUUCAUUAGAAUCACUUGGGGCCACUGGGUUGUGAAGUUGCCUGGUGCAACUUUCGAAUUAAAAAGAAAGAGAAAGAGAGAGAGAGAGAGAGAGAGGGAGAGGGAGAGAGAGAGAGAGAGGUGAAAACAUUUGGAAGUGUCACAUUUGACAUAAUUGAAAAACCCAGUCGAAGGCGUUUUUUUUCUUUUUCACCUGGAAGAGAACAGGCAUUAAUCUGUGGCUGUGGCCGUCCUCAUCCCGGCCUGUCGGUGUCGUUUGACAGAGAAGAGUCCACAACUGGUGAAAAAACCACUGGAACGUUUCCUCCUACGAGCUCCUUCAGGUGUCGCUGGGAGAACUUAAUGUAUGUGUUCGCUGUAGCUCUGUGUUCAUGUAAAGAUCUCAUAACGUUGUUUAGGAGUUUCCCUCAUCUUCGGUGACACCUGGUCUUGUGAUGUCCCCUCCUCACUUGCACCCCCACACACCCAUCCAUUUAGUCGGAUUUUGCAGCGGCCCUAAUGUUGUCCUGAUGUUUGUUUUAGCAGAGGAGGGCGGUGACAUUAACAUGGAAACCUUGUAUGAUGUGAUUUUUUUUUUAUUUUAUUAGUUUUCUCUCCUGUUUGUUUUUCUUUUCCUCUGGACUCUUUGGUCUGUUUUUACUUUGGAAUGGUCACUACAGCACUUUCUGUAAA